CCGCGGGGGAACACUAAAAAUCUCGCCGUGUUCUCCCCCUCAUUUACCUUCAGUGGAACGGCCCGCGCGGAACCAACGCGCAGCCGCGGGGACGUUGUGGGCUGGGGCGCUUUUCCGCGGCCACGCCCGGGGGGCGGCGAGGAGCCGGGUGACGGGUUGUACGCGUCACUUCCGGCCCCGCGGGCGCCCCGUGAAGCCCACCUGGGUCCGCCAGGCCUGUGCUCGGAGCUGCCUCCGCCGCGCGCCUCUCGGGCCCCGCCCGCCGGCGUCUCUUUGUUGCGAAGGCGCGGAGGCCGAGCGCCAUGCCCGCAGCGGAGACCGCGUCCGGCUGUCGUCCCAGAGCUCCACCUGGAGACCGGCACCCAGACAGUGGAAGGGAAAGAUGUCACGUCUGAGACGAGGUUGAGAAAGGCUGGGGCACCUGUCCUGGGUGCUCUCUCCUACUCCCUGGCGAGCUUGCUGUGAUGAAAGCCCCUGCCAGGCUGUGGCCAUUCUGUGGAGAAGCUCACCUGGCCGGAAACUGGGGGGAUUUCCACCUACAGCCAGCACGGAACUCAGCCUUGCAUGCCAGCCCGUGUGAGUGAGCCCAGAGGCAGAGCCCAGCCCCAGCCAAGCCUCCAGAUGAGGCCACAGCCCUGGUCCAUGCUAUGACUGCAGCUUCAAGAGGGACCGUAAACCCAAGCUACUUGGCUAAGCUUCCCCCAGAUUCCUCUCACUGGAGCCAAGAUCAAAAGCACUUGUUUUGACCUGCAUUGUAGCGUCUGCUUCUGUGCUUUGCCGGGGAGAGGCCCUAGUGGCCUUGUUCUGCCGCCCGGAGUCCCUGGGCAGUCUCGGUGGCCCAUGCGGCCCAGCUCGGAGGCAGAGUCGUCCUGUGUGGCGGUGGUUCCAGCAUGUCGCCCUCAGUGAAGACCCCGGCGCUGGGAGAGCUCGUUCCUGGCUCCGAGGAGAAGCCGAAGGGCAGGUGGCCUCUCAGCUGGGGCUCUCUUUUUGGUCACCGAAGUGAGAAGAUUGUUUUUGCCAAGAGUGACGGGGGCGCGGAUGAGAAUGUACUGACCGUCACCAUCACGGAGACCACAGUCAUCGAGUCCGACCUGGGCGUGUGGAGCUCACGGGCGCUGCUCUACCUCACUCUGUGGUUCUUCUUCAGCUUCUGCACGCUCUUCCUCAACAAGUACAUCCUGUCUCUGCUGGGAGGCGAGCCCAGCAUGCUCGGCGCAGUGCAGAUGCUGUCCACCACGGUCAUCGGGUGUGUGAAGACCCUCGUUCCUUGCUGUUUACAUCAGCACAAGGCGCGGCUUUCUUACCCACCCAACUUCCUCAUGACCAUGCUGUUUGUGGGUCUGAUGAGGUUUGCAACUGUGGUUUUGGGCUUGGUCAGCCUGAAAAAUGUGGCGGUUUCGUUUGCUGAGACGGUGAAGAGCUCGGCCCCCAUCUUCACGGUGAUCAUGUCUCGGAUGAUUCUGGGGGAGUACACAGGGCUGCUGGUCAACCUGUCCCUCAUCCCGGUCAUGGGCGGGCUGGCGCUGUGCACGGCCACCGAGAUCAGCUUCAAUGUCCUGGGGUUCUCGGCCGCAAUGUCCACCAACAUCGUGGACUGUUUGCAAAAUGUUUUUUCAAAAAAGCUUCUCAGCGGGGACAAAUACAGGUUCUCGGCCCCGGAGCUGCAGUUCUACACCAGCGCCGCCGCAGUGGCCAUCCUCGUCCCGGCCCGGGUCUUCUUCACGGACGUCCCGGCGAUCGGGAGGAGUGGGAAGAGCUUCAGCUACAACCAGGACGUCGUGCUACUGCUUCUGACAGACGGAGUCCUGUUCCACCUUCAGAGUGUCACCGCCUACGCCCUCAUGGGGAAGAUCUCCCCUGUGACUUUCAGCGUCGCCAGCACCGUGAAGCAUGCCCUGUCCAUUUGGCUCAGCGUGAUCGUUUUCGGCAACAAGAUCACCAGCUUGUCGGCCGUCGGCACAGCCCUGGUGACGGUUGGGGUCCUGCUCUACAACAAGGCCAGGCAGCACCAGCAGGAGGCACUGCAGAGCCUGGCUGCAGCCACCGGCCGGGCGUCCGAGGACCCCGGGGAGCCGCUGCUUACGCAGGACCCCAGGCAGCACCCCUGAGUGCAGGACGCCGCAUCCCUGGCAACGGGCGGGGACGCCCUCUUCCACGGCCCUGCUGCAGGACACGGGGAGCUGGGUUGGGCCUUUACUGCUCCUUUCUCGGUUUUCCGAUGGAGACCAGCAGAAAUGCAAAUGAGCUUCCAGGUAUCAGCUUCCUGGAGUGGAAAGCAGAGCCCGCGCCAGCCAAGCCCAUACCCGUGUAAUGUGAAACAGCCUCUGCGGCUCCCAUGCUGGGCACGGUGCCCAUGUCCUCUGUGGGCAGCACCCAGGGUCCACCGGGAACCAGAGCUGGGUCCAGUGCCAACAAGAGCCGCUUUCUGCCAGAGCCGAGAGAGCACUCAGCUUCCCCACCAGCCUUCAAAGGCCCUGAGGCCCUGGACUGGCUGCAGACUGGCUCUGGGCACGAGGGCACAGAGCAGGGCUGACGGGAUCGGACAGAAGGGUCUCCUGCUGCCACCGCAGGUGCUCAGAGCUUCACCCCACUUGGCUCAGACUGUCCCAGAGGCAUCGCAAGCCCCAGGCUCUGGCGUCGCAGCCCCAGGCUAUGAUGGGACUCAAGGGCCAUGACCAAGGAGGCCUUUCAGUUACUUUGUGAAGAGGAAAGUCCUCUACCCCUUCCACACCCUGGGCUGUGUGAGCACCCCCCCGCCCCAGGGCGUCGUGCCCAUCACCUUCCACACCCUGGGCUGCAUGAGACCCCCUCCUUUGGGGCGCCCUGCCCAUCACCUUCCACACCCUGGGCUGUGUGAGCCCCCCCCUGCCCCAGGGCGCCCUGCCCAUCACCUUCCACACCCUGGGCUGUGUGAGCCCCCCCCCCGCCCCAGGGCGUCGUGCUCUCCUACCUGUGGUGGUUUUCAGCCCUGAGAUUGAGGACAAACCCCUCGUGUUUAGGGGAGGAGAUGUGUACAUUCCUUUUCUUUUUUGGACUCGGUAUCAGGCAGGCUGUUCUGAGGUCCCUGUGGGGUGUGCCUGGCCUCUCUGGGAGCCCCCUGCUCCCAGCCUCGUCCUCGAGUCCCUGUUCAGUUCCCACGUGAGCACUUGGCCAGGACGUGGCCGUGUUGAUGGUUUGGGCUGUGUGGCGUUUACACAGACUGGGUCCUCACUGAAUGUUUCUGGGCACAUUGUGUGUCAAGUGCCCACCCCCCAGCCCACUCUCCCCGAGGGACCGCGGCCCUGCAAGGCCGGCUAGCAGCCAGCUGGGCUCCUCCUUCCUCCACAGCGUCACGUGCCCCAAGGGCACAGGAGGAGCCGCGUAUCAGGCAGAGGCUUCGGACCUUGCCUGAGCUCUUCACCCUCAUCUCGCGCCCGGCGCGUUUCUCAGCUGGUGCAGUCUGCUGCCAGCCAGCUCCAGGGCUUGUCAGUGGCCCCACGUCUCACUUUCCUGCCCUGCUCCUCAGCUCUCUGGCACCCGUGGUCACUUCCCUGCCCUGCUUUUCAGGUCUCUGGCACCCAUGGUCACUUCACUGGUUUUCCAUUUGGCUUCUCACCUGGAAAAUAUAAAGAGCCCCUCUUGAA